CUGAGCUGAACAUUCGGUUUCCGAUCGUUUUUGUUGGCUCAUUAUUGUUUACCUGGCUGACGCUACGAGGGUGCUAAAUUGCUAAUAGUUGCGUGGGUCGCGGUGACGGAACAACCGGAACAACUGGAGUAGUACUUGUCUAGCGCAAAUCCACCGCAUCGACGUUUUGAGUUUUGACAUCCAGUUCACCUUGACUUCACUCCUCGUUGUUGUUAAAAAUGAAGCGCUUCGGGUUAUCUAGCUUCCAGGUCGCUCUCCUAUUCCUAGGAGUCCUUCUCCUAUGCACUCCCGUAAGUGCGUUCGGCGCCGGAAACAUCGCUUCGAUAUCGAAAGUCGAGGGGAAAAACUGGCGCCAUGGAGACAUUGAAGACAUGCUCAAGAAAGUGGCGUGCCUCCGCCAUCACAAAUGGAGUAGCUUGAUGAUCAGGCGGGUGUACUUUGGCAACUGGCUUCGCGACUACUCUCAAGCGCUGGAUGUGGGUACAUUGAAAGGCGUCCAAGCCGAUACGAUACGAGUCCUCGUCUGGAUCUUGGCUUUCAUGUCCUUCGGAUAUGCCACUGCGGAGUUCGAAGUCACUCCAGAAAGGUUGGGCGUUUAUCGAGCGGAGGAGCAUAUAGAUAAUCCGCGGGAUUAUGCGGACAAUCAGGAUGCUCGCCAGUAUGACCAACGCCUGAGAGGGCCGGUACAUCCUCAAGAACUUGCUGUGGAUCCCAACACAGGUAUGAAGAACUACAUUGCAAACGAAAGUGGCGGCUGGGCAACCAGUACUGGCUACGUCAAACACAGUCUUGCCAGGAGUAUACACUUCGGCCGGAUGUACACCAGCGGUGCUCAUGGGACAAGCGGGAAGGAAGAGGAUCUCUGCGAGGCCUUGCGAUGUCUCGGUCAAGCGUUGCAUUGUCUCGAGGAUUGGGGUGCGCACACGAACUAUACCGAGCUCGUCUUAAAGGAAUUGGGGUUCCACGACGUUUUCCCGCAUACUGGCACGGCAACCCAAAUGAACGUCCAUGGGAAACACAUCUUCCCCCUGGUCACCGGCACGUUCGGCGGCGUCGACUUCCUGCACUCGGUUCUUGGGGAGGCCACCGACCACUUCACUCAAUCGGAGAUCGAUGAGAUGAACGUCGCCCUCGGGGAUGCCUCGAGCAACGGAAAGAAAGGCGGCUCCGGAGGGGCCAGUGGAUUGGCCGAUCUCUUGGGGAAAGUGCCGGGGACUCAGGGUCUGAUCCAGGAAGCCCACAAGCUUCAAGACCUGUCGAACUCGCAGGCGGCGGCCAACUCUGGCCAACGAGGAUUUGAUGACCCCUACGAGACCUCUCGGGCCUCCCAUCCCCCAGGCGGAGCUCCCACCUCAUUCGCCGGACCUCCUGGAUCUACGGGAGGACCGCCAGGCCCAGGCAUACCAGGCAUGAAUCCUAACCUCGAUCCGACGACCAUCAUCCCCAAGAUCUAUCCAAUUCUGCAGUUCCGCGACAAAGUCGUGCGGUCGAUAUCGGCCAUCAUAUCGAAGAUCCCGGGACUCGAGUCUCUCAUCGACACCAUUUCGGAAAAAGUUACCAUCUUCGUCAUGUCUCUCCUCGCCCCGUUCAUCCAGCCGAUCAUCAAAGCCGCCUCCGCUCAAUUGAAGCAGGGCUCAUCGUCGGUCAUCGACGCCAGUGGGAAACAUCAAUAUGAGCCGUGGACCGAUCCGAACUGCACCGACCCCACGCAUUCAUUCCUGUCCAAAGACCACUUCUCCAACAUCUUGAACGAACCAGCGGGCCAGGUAGCGUCGACGAUCCUCCAAUAUGUUGCGCCACGCGUUAUCUUUUCAUGGGAGAAUCCCGGUGUCCCCGUUCAAGAAGUGCUCAAUGACGUGGUCCGGGUCUUCCAUCAUCCGGCUCUGCGCCAACCCGGAUGCGAGAUUCACGAGAAGAUGUUCAGCGCGGUCGACAUCUGGGUGCGGUCGCGACCCGAUGGCGGCCGCUCCUUGAACCAGCUUCUCGGCUCCGAAAGCGUGCGUGCUGGGCACAAUCAUGUCGGCGGCGAUGGCCAUGGUCACGGUCACGGUCACGGAUCCGCCAGUCAAGGCAAAGUCAGCGGUUCACCUUUCGAUCUGUUCACAAAGAAACGAGAGGCCGACCUUGGGGGGAGCGGAUCAGGGUACCAGGGGUCUUCGACUAGUUGGCAGCAGCCGGAGGCAUUUGGGGCCGGGUCGAAUACGGCGCCUGGCCCGUACGCGUCUCAGCCCCCUUAUCAAGGUGGAUAUGAGCAGCAAUAUCAGUCGAACCAACCUUAUGGGCAAGAAGGGCAGUAUCCUGGCCAGGGGCCUCCGGGUCAGUACCAGCAAAACCCUCCACCGCAUGGCGGAUACGGCCAAGGAUAUGGCGGGGCAGGGUAUUGAGGCAUGAUCACAGCCGUCUACUGAUUUCCAUCGAUAGCAUACGGUAUAGCUUGUAUAAAAGACACAAUGGCACGAGUCGUAGAACUAGUACUCCAAAUAGUCUUCCAAAGAGUCGAGAUUGUACAGCAUUAUUUACACAUCGAAGAAAAUUGUACAACGCUGAUCAAUCAGUUUUCCCAUGCGGAUAAUGGAGGUUAUUUGUGGUAUUCCGCAACGCCAGCGGCCCGAAAGGCGCGAGCCAUGCAUGGUGGUGGUACAGGAACAAUUCGAUCGGCCGGUUCGAGAUCACGAGGAUGGGACUGGACGCAUCGGGAGGAACUUCGGUCGCGUGUUUACUCUUUGAUCUUCGCCAACAGCUCAUGAUCGCGGAACAGGGAGAACUCGUCUUCGCCAACUUUGAUCGG